AUGGCGCGCGCGUUACUCUCUGCUAUAGUCUGUGCAUCCGUGGUAUCUAAUACUCUUCAGCGGCAUGAAUACGACAGGUUUUAUUACAUAAAUUCAUUUGCGAGCAUCUCUAGACGGACCGGUGAUGAUAAUGAAUGUAACACCUGCUACGGCGAUGAUUGCUUCAAUAUGAACAGUGCCAGAUGCAAUUUCUACUCGGCAACAUCAGUGCUUUUGUAUGGUAAUAACGAAGAUGACUCCGACGAAAUCCAAAUGAGAACUGCAUCAGACGACAUCAGGGUACAAGUGGACCUAUUGAUAAUGAACAUGGUCGAACAAGAAAACAUUUGCCUUGGCUGCAAGAACUGCAUCUGCGACGAGAAUGGUUUAUGGAAUUGUUCUAUAGUUCAGAAUUGUCAACAAGAUGACCCCCUUAAUGUAGACCAUCAUACUCUAAUCACUGUCAUAGAUACUCUGUUUGACGAAAUGAAGACAAUAACUUCAGAUGAUACAUCGCUUAGAAUAAAACGAUGGACGUAUUUACCAGAAGUUAAUGAAAGCAAACCUCACAAAUUAAGUUACGCAGAAAUAGCAGAAUGGAUGUACGCAGUAAAGCCUUUAAUUGACGACAGAAGUAAUAUAGUCGAUACUUUAGGAAUGAGUAAAAAAAAUACUAAAAUAGACGUAGCUACUAUCAAUCCUACUAAUGAUGAAAUUGAAGGUAAAGCGUAUCAUCGAAGAAAACCAUUAAAUCUAUCUAAUGAUACAACAAUGGAUAACAAUUACAUGAAUUUCGAUGACACCAAUGUUACUUACAAUACUUUCAAUGAUGCGAAAACUUCUGAUAAUUUUAUUGAUAUACUUGACGCUAUCGAUAAUCGUAAUAACUUAGAAGUAACUACAGAAUUUACCACAGAAGUAGUAAUAGAUCUUUUAGAGGCAGCGAGAAACAAAAUAGGAAUGGACACAUCAGUUAUGAAAUUUAAUUCUAGCGAUAAUGAGGAAAAAUGGUUUGAUCAAUCAGAUGAAAUCAAAAACAUUACUUUUGAAAAUACUAAUGAUAUAUUUGAUUUUACUAUAGUGAAAAGGGAUGUCUCUGAGUUAGACAAACUUUACAACUACACUGCAACUAAUUAUACUAAGAUUAAUGUUACAACUAUAACACCUAUCAAUAACGAUACACAGAUAAAUGUUUUACUUAAAUCUUCUAUGAUGCCAUCAUUAGAUAUAUUGAUUGCAUCUAAAGAAAAAGAAUUAAAAAAUUUAUUGUAUGUCAAAGGAAAAAUAUUGGAAUAUUUAAUAUACAAUAAAACUCAAAAUGACACUAUAAAUAUGACUAGGGACUCGAUGAUGGGAAAUAUUAAUAAUGCGUACUUCUCAUAUUAUAACAUAGAAAUAAAUCCAAAGAUAUCCAAAGAUUACCGCAAAAAUAACAAAAAUAAAACUGACAAUUACUUAGAUAGGCUAAAACUUGACAUUUUAGUCGUACUAAAAGAUCUACUAACAAUACAGAAGUAUAUCGGAAAACAUCAUUUUUCACCGCCAUUGAAAAAUCUUGUACGAGCUAUGCGACAUUAUCUUCACCACUCGGAAAAUAUUUUUUCUGAAAAGAAUCCUACGAUAACAAAGACUAAUGAAAAGGUUAAUAUGAGAAGGCACUGGACAGACCCUUACCCAGUUAACGAAUACUUGGUUAAAAGAUAUUUAAUUGAUAUUAUAACACUUAUAGAUCAGGAUAUGCCACAAUCAAACGCGCUCGCUACUUUAACUCCUAAAUCCAAAGAAAUAUUAAGAAGAAUAAUAAAAAUGUACAACUUUCAACAAAAUUCCAUCAAAUAUCCUGAAACAAACGAUCCACAAUAUAAUUUUGCUAAUGAAUUAAACGAUAUAGGAAUAAAAUGGAAACAAAUGGCAUCGAAUAUUAUGAACUGUAAACCAGUUGAUAAAGUGUACAAUUUGAAAUCAUUACAGUUAGUUCUUUUAUCAGAUAUCACUAAAAUUACUAAUGCUAUAAAAAAGUUAGACUUCUUCAGUAGUCGUAGACUGACAACAGUAAAAGAUAAUGUCAGUGAAAGAGAAUUGAUAAGGAUUAAUAACGAACUAAAGUCAAUACAUAUUAAAGUAAAAAAGAUUUUUAAUCUCCAACAGAAAAUACCAAAAGAAAUACAUAGAAUGAACAGUAAUUUCAAUUCAACUAAAAAAGAGACACUGAUAAAGUACAUAAGAAAUUUAUUAAAAAAUUCCAAGAAAGAUAUCGUCGGUCUUCUACGUAAAAAGGUUCCUAAAGCAGAGAUUGUCAAAGAACUAGCUAGAAAAAAGCUUAAUGAGAUAGUACAAGCAAAAUUAACAAAGUAUAGAAGUGUAAUGCGGAAAUGGCAAAAAAACCUGAGCAUUUCAAGAAAAAAACGUGCGGCACUCACUUUUGACGAUAUAAAAAACAAAAUAAAAAACAUCUUACCAAAAUAUUUAAGAGGGAAAGUGCAUAAUGGUAUGAAGAAUUCCACAAAAAACAAGAGGCGCGCGAAACCAAAAAAUAAAAAACAUAACCGACGUAACAACGCUUCAACCACAAUGGCAACGACGAAACUAACAACUGCAGUUCAACCACAUGAAUAAUAAUAUCAUUCCAGGAAUUACCAUAGUUGUUGUAUGAAUAAAAACUUGCCU